UCCCACUACAUUCAAGAACAACAUUAGUUUUAGUCUUCACUUUUUAAGCCUACCCAUUACCCAUGGCUCCCUCUGCUAAAUCCCUUUCUUUCCUCUUCCUUCUCUUACUCAUCUCCUCUCUCCAAAUUCAUGCUAGGGAGAGCCAAUUCUUUAGCAAGGUCACCCGUGUCAACAGCAGCAGCACAACUACCAACAACAACAACAAUGAUAAUGCUGCCACCAAAGAGAAAGAGACUCAUGAACUCAUUCCAGAGAGUACUGAAGAACCUUCACAUACCAAAGAGGAGGAGCCAAGCUUCACACCCCAAAACCAAAAUGGCUUUGGCCUCUACGGUCAUGGAUCAGAGCAGUUCUCAUCGAACUCUGUCAACGAUGCUUACUACACUCCCACCAAUUUCCCUCAGAAGGCCCAUACUCAACAGUACCAGCAGAAGAGUUUCAGCACUGGCUACCCCACCAACAACUACAAUGGCUAUGACACUAACCAACAAGCCAAGACUCAGACUGACACCAGCUACGUUGACACAGCUUACCUCAACAACUACAAUGGCUAUGAGACCAAGCAACAAGGCAAGAGUGACACAAAGUACGCUGACACAGCUUACCUCAACAACAACUACAAUGGGUAUGAGACCAAACAACAAGGCAUGAGUGACACCAGGUAUGUUGACACUUCUUACAACAACAACAACAACUACAAUGGCUAUGAGACUAAGCAACAAGGCAAGAGUGACACCAAGUACGUUGACACAGCUUACCUCAACAACAACUACAAUGGCUAUGAGACAAAGCAACAAGGCAAGAGUGACAUGGCUUACCUCAACAGCAACUAUAAUGGGAAAGAGAUGAAGCAACAAGGCAUGAGUGACACCAGGUUCCUGGAGAAUGGAAAGUACUACUAUGGUAACAACAACAACAACAACCAGAAUCUGUAUCAAGACCAAUAUGAAACUCACAAGCAAAAUCAAAAUGGGUAUGGCUCAUACAGAGGAGGAGUUGAGUCCAGUAAAGCUGGUAGGGGAGCUCCUGUGGAGUUCAGUAAUUCCAUGGAUCGGUUCCAGAACCAGUAUGAUCAGGAGUUCCAAGAGACCCAGCAGGAGGAGUAUGUUCCAUAAGCUAUUGUGGUCAUUGCCAUCACCACACUACUGCAAAGCAUAGUUGGAGAGAUUUUUAGUGUGUUUUUUAUUUUUCUUUAUUAAAUAUCGGAUGUGGGUAUUAUCACUGUUCAACCCAUUAUAAAUUAUGGUUUGUAUUUUUCUUUUGAAAAGUAGAAAAAUAGACUUUUUAAGUGAUGAAGAGAAAUGAUGAACUUUAUCGUUUUCUGCUGUAGUCA